GACGACACGAUCCGAGUCUGCCGCUCAUCUCUCCCUUUCUCUCUCUCUCUCUCAAUACCUUUUUAUCUUUCUGCUCGGCCUUCUUUCUAUUUCCCUUUCUCAUAUUUCAAAUCCUAUGGAAAUGGAGGAUCAGUACGGCAUGCCCGAUCUCAGGCAACUCAUGAACGGCAGGUCGUCCCAUUUCCCGUCCAUCCCACAGCCACAAGAGCUCUUCUCUAGCCACCAUCGAAACCUCUCACCCAGCAACCACUACGACAUGAUUAUGGUGGGUCGUCAAGUAGGGGCAGAAAUGUUGCCCCGUGGCCUUCACGAGUUUCGCUCUGAUUCUGCUUCUACUGCACCUGCCACUACCCCCACCGUUACUGUCACCACUUCUACUUCUACUCCUUCGCUUAGCGGGUUUGAGGCCGAGACUGCAGGUUGCUUAGGUGGCGAUGGCGGCACUGGAAGAUGGCCCAGACAAGAGACUCUCACUCUUCUUGAGAUCAGAUCUCGCCUUGAUCCAAAGUUCAAAGAGGCUAAUCAGAAGGGACCCUUGUGGGAUGAAGUUUCCAGGAUUAUGUCCGAGGAGCAUGGGUACCAAAGAAGUGGGAAGAAAUGCAGGGAGAAGUUUGAGAACUUGUACAAAUAUUACAAAAAAACAAAGGAGGGCAAGGCAGGAAGACAAGAUGGAAAGCACUACAGGUUCUUUCGCCAACUCGAAGCUCUCUAUGGAGAAACUAACAAUACGAUUUCGGUCCCAGAACCCCAUUUUGCUGGACACAGCCUUCGGUUCCAAACCACAAGCCAGACCGCAGCUCAAGCAAAUCAAGAGGCUUUUCAAUCUCAAAAGCAUUGUGAUAGCCUUAGCCUCUCUAAUUCCUCUGAGUACGAUACUUCUUCCUCCAAUGACAAUGAUCUCAGCACCGCAGGUCUGGGGGAGAACGAAUCGGGGGAGAUCAAAAGGAGGAAGAGAAAAGGUGGAAGAAGCUGGAAGGCGAAGAUAAAAGACUUCAUCGACUCGCAGAUGAGGAAGUUGAUGGAGAGACAAGAGGCAUGGUUAGAGAAGCUGACGAAAACUCUUGAACAGAAGGAACAAGAGAGGAUGUUAAGACAGGAAGAAUGGAGGAAACAAGAGGUAGCCAGGAUAGAUAGGGAGCACAAGUUUUGGGCUAAAGAGCGGGCUUGGAUUGAAGCUAGGGAUGCCGCUUUAAUGGAGACCUUGCAGAAACUAACAGGAAGCGAGGUAAAGGCUUCAUCUUCUGAGGGUCUAAUGGCCCCUGAAAUUCAAAACCACGGUGAAAACCAGAAUGAGGAUGGAAGUGAAAUAUUAAAUAAUGGUGGGAAAGGUGAAAACUGGCCUGAGUCUGAGAUUACGAGGUUAAUACAACUGAGAAAUGCCACUGAGUUAAGAAUUCGCCCAAGUGGGUGUUCAGAAGAGGUUCUGUGGGAGGAAAUAGCUGGAAAGAUGGCUUGCUUGGGAUAUGAAAGAAAUGCUUUAAUGUACAAAGACAAAUGGGAGAGCAUCAAUAAUUAUCCUAGAAAACCCAAGGAAGGAAACAAGAAGCGCAAGGAGAAGUCAAGAGGCUGUGGAUACUUUCAGACUAGCGAGACGUCCCUAUACAAUCAUGGAGGAGCUUACUGCGAAAUCAGCGAACAAGAACCAGAGACUGUGAGACUGCACGGGAAUGAUGGUUCUUCCCCUUCCAAUUCCAAUGCCGGAAAUUCUGUGCACGAGAGCUGCUUUCCUUUCUUGAUGGGCGAUGGGGAUCAAAACUUGUGGGAAAACUAUGCUUUGAAAGUCAACAAAGGCGAUCAGAACCAGUAAGCUAAAAGAACGUGGACGUACGAACAGAGGGAGAGGAACUUUGAAGGGCGAGAAAGAUGGUUGACUUGUCAAGAGGAAAGAGAUUUAAUUGAAAAUGCCAAUGGGCCGGAAAGUGGACAUACAAUGUGUAAGGAAAGAGCUGACUGGGACUGGGACUUAAUUAUGUAUAGGGAUUGAUCUUUAGGACGAAAAUAAAGGGUUUGUGUUUUAUGAUCUCCCCGUUGGGGAAGGGAGGUACGUACAUGCGCGAUGUUCUCGAUCCAAGCGUUGAGUUAUCAUCCCGGCCAACGUUAAUUUGUGUAAGUUUUCUAUUUUGUACUAAAUUUCCCUUUCGUGCAUGCAA